AUGUCUGAAGUUGUGGAUGAUCUCGACUGGUUCCAAGGCCGCUCUCUCCUUGUUUCUUACAUAAAGGAACGGAAAACUGGGUGGUCAUUAUACGAAUUCCUAACCACUCACCGCGACACGAUUAUCAAGUCACCACCGUUUUCAGAAAAAUGGGAAGGGCUCGAGACAGCCUGGAUCACACCAAAAAGGGGGCUCUUGUCGGUGGUCGGUCGACAAAGAGUAUUCGGCUGUCGUGCCGACCCAAGUAACGAUUGUUGCGCUCCUGGUCGGUGGUCGGUCGAUCUAGGAGUAUUCGGUUGUCGUGUCGGGCGCCAUCGUUGCGAUUUGCUUACAAAGUCCGCUUGCGCGAAUAAGGGUUUAAAGUUCUAUUGGGACGGAAUUCUUCGUGAACGCAAACAACUAUCAGUCGAGGAUAUACAUAUUACUGGAAGCCUUGAUCUGCUAGGAAAAGUAGGCAAAUAUAAUGUACGGAGGAUGGGAUCCAAAUAUGCGGAAGAGCCCGCCAAUGAGGUCGCGCUGUCCUUGUCAGAUGAAAAUGAUUUGUACCAUACUCCAGAACCUAGAAACCAAGGAGUUUCUGGUCAUGCAUCGGAAUCUGAUGAUCCUUUCGUCAUUAAGAAGAUCGCUGAUGAUACACUGGAUACGUUGCCUGAAAUGAAUGCCGAGAUUCCUUCUGCAGACUUCUCAUCAUCUCGAAAAACUAGAAAACGCCCGCAUGAUGAUAUAGACCCUUCAAAGUCCCCACCACUACCUGACUAUUUCCACACCGAAUAUAGCACGACUAUUGCCGAAAUCAGUUCACUGGGAAGCCAAGUUGCUCUUACCAAGUUUGUACCUAUAUCAUCCAGAGAAGAAAAUGUCGCUCCCCUUCGGAAUAACCCACGAGCAAAAGAUCAUCUUUCUGAUAACGAAGUACAACGGCUUCGAGGGUGUGCAUCUUCCAUUGUCAAGGAGGAGUAUCGCAUGGGCAAUUCAGUUCAGGCAUUGUUCAACUCGCUUGCACUGUCCAACGUCCUAAGCAUACACAGAAUUGCAACCGAGAAACGUGCAAGAGGAGUCUCUGGUGUCCUGGAACUCCUUGUUAGCAAUGAGGAUAAGGAUCCAGACCAUUUGAGGAACUUCCUCAAGGACAUUGACAUUCAUGACAGGGAUACUCAAUAUGUCCUGCAAUGUCUAGACGAUAUGGAUGCCUGGAUUUGCGAUUAUGGUGGAAAGAGCUGUUCCGAGCGCACCAUCGACAUGCAUCUCAUCGGUCCGUUCUCACGUGCGCCGGGUGCAUAUUUUAUUUAUGGUGAAAACCAUUCUGAGGCUGACCGCGAUGAGAAAACUUCGCGAUCAACCACAUCGCGAACUGGCAAGCCCUGCGAUUUUAUAUUUUUGAAUGAGGGUCGCGAAACCGGCAUUGGUGAGAAUACUGGACCCGCCCACAAGGACCAUUAUGACAAAAGCAUCAAACUUUUCGUAGAGGUCAACAAGGUUGCCAAGGCACAACACAUCAGCUUAAUAAAUACCUGCAUGGAAGAGUGUGGGAAGAAUCCUCUUCCUUCAAGCAUCGAUGAAUCUAUUAAGAAAGUGGCCAUUCCAUUUUUUCAAAUAAUUGGAUCCAAAAUUCGCUUUUAUAUUUUGCUACAAAUCGAUGGUGACUUGUAUGGUGUAUGGGAGUGGGCUAUGCACAACAUAACAGCCAAAGAUUCAGACAUAGUGCCAACCAUGUUUUUAUCCAAAAAAUUUCUGGUGCAUCGUAAUUUGCUGAAUCGAGCAGGGCAACAAAGCAUGCUUGCCAUUAAAAAGGCACAACUUUUUAGAGAAAGAACACAAGCAGGAGAGAGCGACGCAGCUGAAGAACCUUUCAGGAAGGCUUUAAAACUUAAUUUGCAAGAAACUCCAAAGACGAAAAAAAAGGAGCAAAGACAAUCAUCACCUUCGUCACCAACACCGAGCCGUGAACCCGAAGAUGAUAAUCUCUUUUU